AAGGCGACAGCCGCCGGACGCUACGCUCUGUGGUUCGGGUCCGCGCGCCUUUCUACUUCCCUGUUGCUGCUGCUGUUGCCGCCGACGUUCGCGCCCCCGCUCAGGUCUGUGGUGUAGCCGGGACCCAGGACCAUGUCGCUCUCGCGCUCGGAGGAGAUGCACCGGCUCACGGAAAAUGUCUACAAGACCAUCAUGGAGCAGUUCAAUCCCAGCCUCCGGAACUUCAUCGCCAUGGGGAAGAACUACGAGAAGGCUCUGGCAGGUGUGACAUACGCAGCCAAAGGCUAUUUUGAUGCCCUGGUGAAGAUGGGGGAGCUGGCCAGUGAGAGCCAGGGCUCCAAGGAACUUGGAGAUGUUCUCUUCCAGAUGGCUGAAGUCCACAGGCAGAUCCAGAACCAGUUGGAGGAGAUGCUGAAGUCUUUUCACAAUGAGCUGCUCACGCAACUGGAGCAGAAGGUGGAGCUGGACUCCAGGUACCUGAGUGCUGCGCUGAAGAAAUAUCAGACAGAGCAAAGGAGCAAAGGAGAUGCCCUGGACAAGUGCCAGGCUGAGUUGAAGAAACUUCGCAAGAAGAGCCAAGGGAGCAAGAACCCCCAGAAGUACUCAGAUAAGGAACUGCAGUACAUCGAUGCCAUCAGCAACAAGCAGGGCGAGCUGGAGAACUAUGUCUCGGAUGGCUACAAGACGGCCCUCACUGAGGAGCGGAGGCGGUUCUGCUUCCUGGUGGAGAAACAGUGUGCCGUGGCAAAGAACUCCGCUGCCUACCACUCCAAGGGAAAGGAGCUGCUGGCUCAGAAGCUGCCACUGUGGCAGCAGGCCUGUGCCGACCCCAACAAGAUCCCGGACCGCGCCGUCCAGCUGAUGCAGCAGAUGGCCAGCAGCAAUGGUGCCAUCCUCCCCAGCGCCCUGUCAGCCUCCAAGUCCAACCUGGUCAUCUCAGACCCCAUUCCCGGGGCCAAGCCCUUGCCAGUGCCCCCUGAGCUGGCGCCAUUUGUGGGGCGCAUGUCUGCCCAGGACAACGCACCCAUCAUGAACGGCGUUGCAGGUCCAGAUGGCGAGGACUACAACCCCUGGGCUGACCGCAAGGCUGCCCAGCCCAAGUCACUGUCCCCCCCGCAGUCUCAGAGCAAGCUGAGUGACUCGUACUCCAACACGCUCCCCGUGCGCAAAAGCGUGACACCCAAAAACAGCUACGCCACCACUGAGAACAAGACUCUGCCCCGCUCGAGCUCCAUGGCUGCCGGCUUAGAGCGCAAUGGGCGCAUGCGGGUGAAAGCCAUUUUCUCCCACGCGGCUGGGGACAACAGCACCCUGCUGAGCUUCAAGGAAGGCGACCUCAUCACUCUGCUGGUGCCCGAGGCCCGUGACGGCUGGCACUAUGGCGAGAGUGAGAAGACCAAGAUGCGGGGCUGGUUUCCCUUCUCCUACACACGGGUCCUGGACAGCGAUGGCAGCGACAGGUUGCACAUGAGCCUGCAGCAGGGGAAGAGUAGCAGCACUGGAAACCUUCUGGACAAGGAUGACCUGGCCAUCCCGCCCCCUGACUAUGGCGCAUCUUCCCGGGCCUUCCCCACCCAGACGGCUGGCACCUUCAAGCAGAGGCCCUACAGUGUGGCUGUGCCUGCCUUUUCCCAGGGUCUAGACGACUAUGGAGCGCGGUCUGUGAGCAGCGGCAGCGGCACGCUGGUGUCCACAGUGUGAGGACGCUGACCUCGGGCAGCUGCUGCUCUGAAGAGCUUCCGCCCCCUCCCCUUGGUCUCCAUCCGUUUUCCUCCUCAGCUCUCGCUGGUUUGUUCUUGGGUUGUUUUUCUUUUCCACCUGCCCCCUGCCUUUUGGUUGGUGACCCCAGACUCUGUGAUCCCCCAGGGUCCAUGGUGCUGCUCCAUCCGCUCCCUGUGUUUACACACCCUCCUCCACCGUGUGUCCCCAAGCCUUUCGAGCAGAAAUUGCCAGGCAGGGCCUGCCAGGGCGUGCAGGGCACCCUCAGCCCACCCCUGGCAUUCAUGAGGCACUCACCCCUUUUCUAAGGCUCGCCGCGAGCCUGGUCUAAAGUUUGAAGAAAAAGAAAAAUCCUUAAAAAAAAAAAAAAAAGUUGAAAAUCAGGAAAAAGGACUCUUUUUUCCCUGAAAACACAAAAACAGAUAUGCAUGGACUCCGGUGUACGUACUGUUAUUUGCAUCUGACUUCCCCGGUGCGCUGGCGUCUGUCAGGACAGGGAAGGUACUCGGGUGAGGCUCUCAUCCCAGGGGACCCAGCCCACUCUGGCCCCUAGGGAGGGCCAGGUGGAGAAAGAGGGCAUGUGGCAAGCUCGGGGGGCCUCCUGAGGAAGCUGGCUACUCCUGUGAGGGAGGCCGCGGUCCCCGGGCCCCUGAGGGCUUUGCCCUCCAGACACUGCAGGAUGGGUGUACAUAGGCCAUGGUGGCACCUCUGCGGCAGGGUGGCAUCACCCACGCAGUGUGCUGGUGGGACAGGGUCGGGGCUUGCGCUGCCCGGCCGCACACGGACAUUCCAAAGACCUCCAGAGACCACCCCCACCCCCACGUUUUUUGGAAAUCGUUUCUUUAACCAGCCUUGUGAGGGCACCCGGGCUGCCUGUGGCCAGCUGGCUGCAUGGGGCAGGGUAUGGCAGCCAGGCCUGGUCAGGCUGGCCUGGGGGGGUGGCUUUGGACACGCCGCUCCCACGCCUCCCUGCGGGGAAGCCGGCGGUCCCUGCCCGGUUCUUCCUAAAUGCUCUCAUCUUUUUGUGUGUCUUGGUGACUUUAGAAACAAACACACUGGACUCAGUGGCUACUGGUAUUGUCUCUUCACACACUGAAUUCUGGGGAGCCGAGUGACGGGCACAGCCCGGCUCAGCCCUGCCUGCCGGCGGGAGCCCCUUGUGAAGCUGUGAUGUGAUUUAGCAAAACCCUCCCGCACACCUCCCCGUGGACUAGGAUGUGGCUGGUAGUGUUUGUGAGAGACGCAACUCAAGACACAGACAGACCCGUUUUAUACUAAGGAGAAAACAAAGCCAGGACCGGGACCUUAUGUAAAGAGAACCUUCUGUGUUGGUGUUCUCAUUCUGCUAAAAGAUUUCAAAUCCAGGGGAUUCCAUGCUCAGUGAAUGAAUGUAGACACAAAACAGCAAAACUUGUAUGAAGAUGUAAAGUGCUGAAAAUAGUUUUUCCUGUUUCCUUUCCUUUUUUUAAAAAUCUGAACUGUGCCCUGUACUGCGGUUACUUGUUUGAAUAAAAGUUUUAUUUAUUGCAUCGA